CAAGCAGCGGCCAGCGGCGGCGUCUCAAACCAAAACCCUCCGUUCCCCUUCCUCCCAGUUCUCCCCUCCUGCUGCUCUCCACUCUUCUCCUUCCAUACUCAAUCCACCCUCUUCGAUUCGCGAGUGGAAACCACGGCCAUGGACGGCAUCGAAUCCAGGUACGAGAUCCCCCGGACCGCCGAGUUCCUACGGGCCCGCGCCUACACCCGAGUCGCCCUCCAGUUCCCGGACGAGCUGCUCAAGGACGCGGCGGCGGUGGCGCGGGCUCUGCGGAGGGAGCUCGGCGGCGGGACCAAGCUGUACGUGAUGGCAGACACCGCGUACAACUCGUGCUGUGUCGACGAGGUGGGGGCGUCCCACAUCGACGCUCAGUGCGUCGUCCACUACGGCCAUUCCUGCAUGAGCCCAACAUCAAAUUUGCCAGCUUUCUUCGUAUUUGGAAAGGCACCAUUAGAUAUCAGUGCGUGUUGCCGCUCAUUGCUGGAUUGCUUGAGAGAAAGCAAUAAACCCAUUCUUGUGUUAUGUGGAUUAGAGUACGCCUAUGCAUUGGAUGAUCUUAAAGGAGCGUCUGUCGAAUUAUGCAAAUCAGAUUCUUGCAAUUCUGAAAUUCAGUAUGCAGAAGAUCUUUGUUCGGAAAUGAAUCCAUCAACAAGUCCCACUGCAGAAAAGCAAUUUCCUCAACCCAAUGGAAGCACUCAUAAUGAUGAUUUGUCUUUACAUAGUGAUGAUGUGACCACAUUUGUGAAUAGUUGUUGUAAUGUGGAAGGGAACACCCGCAAGUAUAAUCUUGGAGGCCUUACAUGGGGUAUAUCCAUAAAUGAGAAAAUGGAGGACUAUUUGUUAUAUUGGAUUGGACAAGAUAACUCCGCUUUUGCUAACAUUGCACUUACUUUCAAUAAAUGUGAUAUAGUUAGAUAUGACACAAUAGCAAAUCAAUUGUCAAGGGAUGUCUCUCAUCUGAUGAAAAUUCUUAGGCGCAGAUAUUACCUUGUGGAGAAGGCAAAGGAUGCUAAUAUUAUUGGCAUUUUGGUCGGAACUCUAGGCGUUGCUGGUUAUCUUAACAUAAUUGAGCAAAUGAAAGAUCUGAUCAAAGCCGCUGGAAAGAAAUCUUAUACACUGGUCAUGGGACGGCCUAAUUCUGCAAAACUUGCCAAUUUUCCUGAGUGUGAAGUUUUUGUAUAUGUUUCUUGCGCUCAAACUGCUCUAUUGGAUAGCAAAGAAUUUUUGGCCCCAGUUAUCACACCAUUUGAAGCUGUAUUAGCUUUUAGCAGGGGAAGAGAAUGGACUGGGGAAUAUCUUUUGGAUUUCAAAGAGUUGAUCACUUCAGAGAAACCAGAAGUUGGAAGCAAAAGUGAAGAAGCACGGUUUUCUUUUAUCAAAGGUGGCUAUGUGGAAGAUGAUUGUCCUCAAGACGAUGAGGAGAAUUCAGUCACAUCACUUGCACUGGCUGAUGUAACAGAGAAAGCCCUAAGCAUCCGAAACCAGAACAAUGAUGCAAUUCUUUACCAAGGAGGUGCGAACUCUGCGAUUGAGUACCUCAAGGCACGGUCCUACCGUGGUCUCACUGGAGAAUACCAGGGUCCAGUACCAGACUCGGUCUUGAUAGGCAGGGCAGGGAGAGCUGCUGGUUAUUCCAAUGAGAAAACAAAUAGCUCACAAUGAAGGAAUGCUGCAUGCGGUGUGCUGCGGGCCCUUCAUUUUGGUGUGGAAAUUUAGAACAUCUGUUUUUACUUGGUUAUUCUUGUCGUGCGUCCACAGCCAAUAUGUUUUGCUGCGUUUUGCUGUUCUUCCAGUUUUGUAUACUAGAACUUGCUGCAUUCACAGGGGAAAUUUUGUUACGAGCCAUGAGCGAUUUAAUGACGUGAAGGAACACCUGUGCAUUGUGGAUGUCUGUACAACUGUGGCAUUUAUCUAGAUAGAAGUUGGGAUGUAUGCAGUUUGCCAAUUUGUUGUUGUUGAGAAUAGUAAGUUUGGUUGAUCUUGUGACUAUUUCACGAUUGCACUUUGAUUCCACGAUGUAACAAUGUGACGUUGGAUUGGCUCA